GGGAAAGGAGCCUGGGAUUUUCCCACGCGCGGGUGGGCGAGCAAUCCUGCAGCCUCUCCUCCCUUGCAAAGGAGCUGGUGUACUGGUGACAAGCCUGGCAGCCAUAUUUUGAACUCGAAGAUGUGUGGAGCCUUUUUGUCUACGUCGCAACCAGUGAAGUGAUAUCAGCGGAACAUUCCAGAUGAUCUCAUCUCUGUGAUAGAAUGGAAAUUAUUCAUCCAGCUCAGGACCCCGUGUCUUUUGAAGAGGUGGCGGUACAUUUCACCAAGGAGGAAUGGGCUCUGCUGGAUCCCACCCAAAGACACCUGUACAGAGACGUCAUGCUGGAGAAUUAUGGGAACUUGGAAUUCUUGGGCAGUGGGAUGGCUUUAGUCUCCUGUUCCGGAUCGUUCCCUCCUUGGGAAACAGCUACUAUGCAGCCUGCCCAGAGUCCCGUAUCUUUCGAGGACGUGGCUGUGCAUUUCACGAAAGAGGAGUGGGCUCUACUGGAUCUGGGCCAAAAGGGGCUGUAUGUGAACGUCAUGCUGGAGAAUUAUGGGCACGUGGCCUCUCUGGCUCCAAAACCUGGUCUCAUCUCCUGGCUUGAAGAAGAGGAAUAUCCGUUCGUCCAGGAGCCAGCUGACAGACGGGGAUCAGCCGGUAACUGCUCAGGUGCUGAAAAGGAGAGCAGUGAAGAGGGCGAAGAGCGCAAAGUGAAAACGGAAGAAAACCAGAUAAGGGAGAGCAAAGCCAUUGCUUCCAACAGGGCUGAAUUCUUUGUAACCCCAAUCCCAGGAGGACGUUGCGAAGAAAGCAAAGGAAAUAUUCUCAGUAGGGAGACACUGUUGAUAUGCUCUGGGUGUGGAAAAAGUGUGAGUCAGAAGAUAUAUCUUACUGAGCACCACGUAGGAAAGAAAAUAUAUAAGUGCUUGGAGAGUGAAAACCAAUUCAGUCAUAGCAUAAGCCUUGCCUUAUAUGAAAGAAAUCCCUUAGGGGAGAAGCCCUAUAAAUGUUUGGAGUGUGGAAAAAGCUUCUGCUGGAACUCAAACCUUAAAAGACAUCAAAGAAUUCACACAGGGGAGAAGCCCUAUAAGUGCUUGGAAUGUGCGAAGGAAUUCCGCUGCAAAUCAGACCUUAAUUCUCAUCAGAGAAUCCACACAGGGGAGAAGCCCUAUACAUGCUUAGUGUGUGGAAAGAGCUUCCAUCAGAGCUCAUACCUUAAGUCACAUCAAAGAAUUCACACAGGGCAGAAGCCCUAUCAGUGUUCAGACUGCGGCAAAACCUUUGGUCGGAGCACAUACCUUAAAAUACAUCAAAGGAUCCACACUGGGGAAAAGCCCUAUACGUGCAUGGAGUGUGGAAAGCAAUUCAGUCGCAGGGCAGAUCUCCGCUCACAUAAAAGAAUUCACACUGGCGAGAAGCCAUAUAAAUGCUCAGAAUGUGGAAAGUGCUUCUGUCGGAGAACAGUCCUCAAUGUACAUCAAAGAAUUCACACAGCGGAGAAAACCUAUAUAGGCUUGGCAUAUGGAAAGCCACUUGGUCAUAACAUCAGUCCUACCUUAUAUCAAAGAAGCCGCCCCUGGGAGAGGACCUAUAAAUGUCCAGAUUGCGGAAAAAGCUUCAAUUGGCACUCAAACCUUAAAAGGCAUCGAAAAAUUCACACAGGGGAGAAGCCCUAUCAGUGCUCUGAGUGUGGAAAGCAAUUCAGACGCAGCUCGGACCUUAAGUUGCAUCAAAGGGUUCACACAGGGGAGAAGCCCUUUACAUGCUCAGUGUGUGGAAAGAGUUUCAGUGACAGCAGAAGGCUUAAAAGGCAUCAUAUAAUACACACAGGUGAGAAGCCGUAUAAAUGUUUAGAGUGUGGGAAAUCCUUUUGUCACCGCCCAUAUCUUAAAUCCCAUCAGAGAAUCCACACAGGGGAGAAGCCCUAUAAAUGCGCUGAGUGUGGCAAGUGUUUCAGUCAUACCAUAAGCUUUAAAUGGCAUCAACGAGUUCAUACAGGGGAGAAGCCAUAUAAAUGCUUGGAGUGCGGAAAGAGUUACAGUCACAGCAUAAGCCUGACUUUUCAUCAAAGAAUCCACACAGGGGAGAAGCCCUAUAAAUGUUUAGAAUGUGGCAAAAGCUUCUGCUGGAGCUCAAACUUCAAAAGGCAUCAGAUAAAUCACAGAGAGGAGAAGCCCUAUAAAUGCUCUGAGUGUACAAAGCAAUUCAGUUCCAAAUCAGAUCUUAACUUGCAUCAAAGAAUCCACACAGGGGAGAAGCCCUAUAAAUGUUUGGUGUGUGAAAAGAGCUUCUCUCAGAGCACAUAUCUUAAAUCACAUCAAAGAAUUCACACAGGGCUGAAGCCCUAUAAAUGUUCAGUGUGUGGGAAAAGUUUCAGUCAGAGCUCACACUUUAGUUCACAUCAGAGGAUCCACACUGGGGUGAAGCCUUAUACAUGCUCUGUGUGUGGGAAAAGUUUCAGUCAGAGCUCACACUUCAGUGCACAUCAAAGAAUUCAUACAGGUGAAAAACCAUAUAACUGCUCAGUAUGUGGGAAGAGCUUCAGUCAGAGCACUCACUUUAAAAGACAUCAAAGAAUUCACACAGGGGAGAAGCCCUACAAAUGCUCAGUGUGUGGACGGCAAUUUAGUCGCAAGUCAGACGUUCAGUCGCAUCAAAGAAUUCAUACUGGCGAGAAGCCAUAUAAAUGCGCUGAAUGUGGAAAGAGCUUUAAUCGCAAUACAGAUCUUAAAUCACAUCAACGAAUCCACACAGGAGAGAAGCCGUAUAAAUGUUUAGAGUGCGGACAGAGUUUCCGUCAUAGUUCUCAUUUUAAUACGCAUAAAAGAAUCCACACAGGAGAGGAGCCCUGCAAAUGCUUAGAAUGUGGAAAGAACUUCAGUCGGAACACACACCUUAAAAUGCACCAAAGAAUUCACACAGGGGAGAAGCCCCACAAGUGUUCUGAGUGUGGGAAGCAGUUCCGACGCAUGUCAGAUCUUCAGUUACAUCAUAGAAUCCAUACUGGUGAGAAGCCCUAUACAUGUUCAGAGUGUGGAAAGAGCUUCAAUCAGAGCACGCUCCUUAAAAGACAUCAAAGAACUCAUACUGGGGAGAAGCCCUAUAAAUGUUCAGAGUGUGGAAAGUGCUUCAGUGAUAGCAGAAUCCUUAAAGUACAUCAGAGAAUCCACACAGGGGAAAAGCCCUACACAUGCUCCGAGUGUGGAAAGAGCUUCAGUCAAAGUGCGCCCCUUAAAAGACAUCAAAGAAUACACACAGGGGAGAAGCCCUACCAAUGUUCAGAAUGUGGAAAGAGCUUCAGCCACAGUGCGCCCCUUAAACGACAUCAAAGAGUCCACACGGGGGAGAAGCCUUAUACAUGCUCAGAGUGUGGAAAGAGUUUUGGUCACAGCACACACUUUAAAAUCCAUCAAAGAAUUCACACUGGAGAGAAGCCCUACCAGUGUUCCGAGUGUGGAAAGAACUUCAGUCACAGCACACACCUUAAGUCGCAUCAAAGAAUCCACACGGGGGAGAAUCCGUACAAAUGCUUAGAGUGUGGAAUGAACUUCCGUCACAGCAGAAGCCUUAAAUCGCACGAACGCAUGCACACAGUGGGGAAAGCUGUCGAUUCUAGCAAUGAGUGAAAUGUGGGAAGAUUUUCAAAUGGAACGCAGCUCUUCUCUUUGAAAGAGUCAAACACUGAACACCCUUUCCGUGUUCAAAAUGUGACUGCCGUCGGCAUGACGUUGGCAUGGAAUUCAGCUGGAGCCAGCAUCUGGCAGGAGGUCCGCGGACUCUUGUGCCUGAAAAAUCCCCUGCUCACCUAUGAUGAAUCAACAUUGACUCCACUUGGUGACUAUGUGACUCCAGACUUCCACAAAGAUAGAGGCACCAGUACAGGUGUCUGCUCAAGGAAUCCUUUUGUAAACCAACAGGACUUCAUUUUUUAAACCUCUUCCUAUAUUGGUUGUGAGGUUUCGGUCCAACUCUUCCAUCUGUGCUGCCAAUUUUUUAUUGUAAUGACGUUACUUUCAACAAUGUGAGUUUGGCUGCUCCUUCAUCAACCCUUUAAGAACAUCAGAAUUGCCCUGAUGCUGGAUCAGACCAAGGGUCCAUCUAG